AAAGAAAAAAAAAAUAGAGGCUUCCUUCGGUGCAGAUGGCUCAGUCCUUCGUUCCUUUCAGCCACCACACCGCACUCUCUCUGUCUCUCUCUCUCUCUCUCUGUGCCUCCAAAAGCUGAGGAGGAAGUACAGACCUAUCCCUCUCUACGACCUCAGAUCACCGGCCGGCGACAGCAACAGAAGUACACAACAAUGGCUCCGAGAAAGCCUGGUUUGGUCGCUCUGUUUGAUGUUGAUGGAACUCUCACUGCUCCUCGAAAGGUGGCUACUCCUCUGAUGUUAGAGUUGAUGAAGGAACUCCGAAAGGUUGUUACAGUCGGAGUUGUGGGAGGAUCAGACCUUUCUAAGAUAUCCGAGCAACUUGGGAGGACAGUUACUGAUGACUAUGACUAUGUAUUUUCUGAGAAUGGCCUUGUGGCACAUAAAGAUGGCAAGCUGAUUGGCAUGCAGAGCUUGAAGUUGUUUCUCGGAGAGGAAAAACUGAAGGAAUUUAUUAAUUUUACGCUUCACUACAUUGCUGAUCUGGACAUUCCGAUAAAAAGGGGAACAUUCAUAGAGUUCAGAAACGGGAUGUUGAAUGUAUCUCCAAUUGGGCGAAACUGCAGCCAGGUUGAAAGAGAUGAAUUCGAAAAAUAUGACAAGGUUCACAAUAUACGCCCCAAAAUGGUAUCAGUCCUACGUGAGAAAUUUGCGCAUCUUAACUUGACAUUCUCGAUAGGAGGCCAGAUAAGUUUUGAUGUAUUUCCUCAAGGUUGGGAUAAGACAUAUUGCUUGAGGUACCUUGAUGAGUUCCCAGAAAUCCACUUCUUUGGUGAUAAAACUUACAAGGGUGGAAACGACUAUGAGAUUUUCGAAUCUGAGAGGACUACAGGUCAUACAGUGACUAGUCCAGAAGAUACAGUCGAGAUGUGCAAGGCUCUCUUCAUGUCUGGAGCUUAAAAUGGACUACCGGAUUAGCUUUUGUUUUCUGCCUGCAUUCAUUUGUAAUUUAUCCAUUCGAGAAUGAUCGCUCUAAGUAAUUUGUACCAUUGUGUCAGUGGAAUCUCAGUUCCUUGCCUCAGAAAAAACCUUGUGGUUCACUUGACAGUUACUGAGAUGGUUUGCUUUACAUUCCAAAAUCUUACAUAUAUAACCUUUUUGUAAGGUUUCCAAGCAUAAACGCAUAUUCACAAGGUUUAUAUCGUGAUAA